UACCAUGACCCGAAAUAAGGAAGAAGCCGAGCGGAGUACAGCCCCAAGCCAUUAAUGGAGAAAAAUUCUUCAGUCGGUGGCGAGCCAUGGAGUCAUCAUCCGCUUCAUCAUCAUCAUCAUCAUCAUCAUCAUCAUCAUCAUCAUCAUCACUUUCAGAUAUUACAUAGUUGUCCAUUACACAGCCACAUGUUGCAACGGAACAAUCAUGUUCCAACAUGCCCACUUUUCACUCCUUAUCCGCAAAACCCAGAACACUUUUCACCUGCUAUAUUGCCGGACGAUUUGAACCCGCAGCUUUCUGAGCCUAAUGAAAAUUUUACUGACUCGAGAAUGAUGCAAGACGAAGACCAGGAUUUAGAAGAUGAAGAGGACGAGCCCAUGUUUGUCCUUACAGAUGAAUGGAGGGAUUUCUUUGCUAAAUCUGAAGCUAAAAGGAGACUAGCAAAAAAGCAAGCUAAGAAGAAAGUGAAGAGUAAGAACGCUGAUGGGAACCCACCAGCACCAGCGACUGAUUGUAAAGUGAAGAUCGAAUCUGCUGUAUGUCCAGAGGUCAAGUCCGAGAAUGAGCAAUGAAAAAGGCCUUCCAUUAUGAUGCACAUUACAUACAACCGGGAUAAGCCUUUUUGUAGUUUUUAGAGUAAACGUCAAGAUAUUUUGAUUCUAAGUCUCAAGAAUUGUGUCUUGCCUUGAGAAAAUGUUUAAUUUUGACUAUCACCUGGAGAGGCAGCCCGAAGCUGAUGUAAUAAGCAUUUCCCGAUUGUAUCAUCCUUGUAAUUGUGCCUUUUAAGGAAAUAUUAUCAUGACUUCCUUGAUUGAGGUACCUUUUCAUA